CCUAAUCAGGGGGAUUGUGCGCCUUGAAGGCAGACUGGACCCCCAGCUUUGCCAAGUGACAAGGGAAACUUGUCUGUGGCUCUUCCAGACAGCUGCCGAGAAACAGGGCGGCAGUGAGGCGUGGAAAGACACCUGCAUUCAGAGAGGAUGGGAGCCUGGGUUUGAAUCAGCCUUGCCGCUCAAUUGCUGUGUUACUGAGAGUCCUGUUUCCUGCCCCGUAAAAUGAGAGUUGGGUUAAGUGGUCUCUAAGCUGACUGCCAGCUUUCUGUCUUAUGAUCACCUCUCUCCCUCCUUAGCCCAAGCGUCCCUCCUGUCUGUGGACCCUGGAGUCAGGGGAGCAGCAGCAAAUUUUUAACUAAACUAUUGAUUAUUAACAGGAGGAGAAGGCUCAGGUUCAACUCUAGGGCACGGCCACAGAGCAGCCAAGUCAAACUUCCUAAGGAUAUGCUGGUACCUCAAGUCUGGUCCUCUGCGAGGCUGGGGGCAAAAGGGCUAGGCAGAUGCCUGGUGCGGAGUCUGACGGGGUGGGCCUCCGGAGAGGGGAGGAAGGUGGACAUUGGGGGCAUCUACCCUCCAGUGACCACCCCAUUCACGGCCACAGCGGAGGUGGACUAUGGGAAGCUGGAAGAGAAUAUAUACAAACUUGGCACCAUCCCCUUCAGAGGCUUUGUGGUGCAGGGCUCCAGUGGCGAGUUCCCCUACCUGACGAGCAUUGAGCGACUGGAGGUGGUAAGCCGAGUUCGACAAGUGAUGCCCAAGGACAAGCUCUUAAUAGCCGGCUCGGGCUGCGAGUCCACUCAAGCCACGGUGGAGAUGACUGUCAGCAUGGCCCAGGUUGGAGCUGAUGCUGCCCUAGUGGUGACACCAUGCUACUAUCGAGGCAGGAUGACCAGUACAGCCCUGAUCUACCACUACACCAAGGUGGCUGAUCUGUCCCCAAUCCCAGUGGUGCUGUAUAAUGUCCCAGCUAACACGGGAUUAGAUCUACCUGUGGAUGCCGUGGUCACCUUAUCUCAGCACCCAAACAUUGUGGGCAUUAAGGAGAGUGGAGGAGAUGUGACCCGAGUGGGCUUGAUCGUUCACAAAACAAAAAAACAAGAUUUUCAGGUGUUGGCAGGAUCUGCUGGUUUCCUGUUGGCCAGUUAUGCCAUAGGAGCUGUUGGGGGUAUCUGUGCUUUGGCCAAUGUCCUGGGAGCACAGGUGUGCCAGCUGGAGCGACUCUGCCUCACUGGGCAGUGGGAAGAUGCCCAGGCCUUGCAGCAUCGCCUCAUUGAACCCAAUACUGCGGUAACUCGACGCUUUGGGAUCCCAGGGCUGAAGAAAACCAUGGACUGGUUUGGCUACUAUGGAGGUCCUUGUCGUGCCCCGCUGAGUACCCUGAGCCCCGAUGAAGAAGCGAAGCUACACUUGGAUUUCACUACCAAUGGCUGGCUAUGAAGAGCCAGGUGCAGGGCACGGCCUUCCCCUGCCAGGUCUCUAGUUGGCCUCCACUCCUAUACCCAUAGCCUUAAGGAUACAGUGGAGGUCAGGGGGAGCUAUGGUGCCAUCCCUUUGCCUACUCCCAUUCUUUCCCAUACCCCAUCCCCUAAGGAUGUGAUUCAACCUUUCUCAACCUCAGUUUUCCCAUCUGUGAAAUGGGGCUAAAAAUCACCUACCUCACAGGGUUGUUGUGAGGAUCA